AUGCUGGGGAGGACGCUGCCGAGGCUGGCCUCGGUGAAGGACCGGGUGGCCGGCGCGGCCAAGAGCGCCGUGAAGGGCGACGAGCACUUCCCCGCGCUCAAGGGCCACCCGGCCGCGCGCGUCCACGCACGUGAGGCCGCGGAGAAGCAGGCCGGCCACGCCGCGGCGGAGGAAGAGAAGAAGCGCGGCGGCAAGGCCGCGACGGUGAAGGAGUUCCAGAUAUACCGGUGGAACCCGGACGCGCAUGGCCGGCCGUUCCUGCAGUCAUACUUCGUCGACCUCGGCACGUGCGGCCCAAUGGUCCUGGACGUGCUCCAGAAGAUCAAGUCGGAGCACGACUCGACGCUGGCGUUCCGGCGGUCGUGCCGGGAGGGCAUCUGUGGCUCCUGCUCCAUGAACAUCGACGGGGUGAACACGGUGGCGUGCCUGAAGCCCAUCGACACCGACACGUCGACGGCGACGAUGAUCACGCCGCUGCCGCACAUGUACGUGGUGAAGGACCUCGUCGUCGACCUCACCAACUUGUACCAGCAGUACAAGUCGAUUGAGCCGUGGCUGAAGACGAAGCGACCGGCGCCGGAGGGGCGGGAGCACGCGCAGUCACCGGGCGAGCGGCGGAAGCUGGACGGGUUAUACGAGUGCAUCCUGUGCGCGUGCUGCAGCACGGCUUGCCCAUCCUACUGGUGGAACUCGGAGGAUUUCCUCGGCCCCGCCGCGCUGCUGCACGCCUACCGCUGGGUCUCCGACAGCCGCGACGACUACGGGGGGCAGCGGAUCCAGGCGCUGUCGGAGGGAUGGGACGGUGCAGGAUGA